AUGGCAGGACCUCUUCCCUACAAACAUCAAAAUGGUGGACAUGGAAGCGAAAACAAUGGCGAGGCUACCAGUUAUGCAAUUGUAACCAAACACGAUGAUAAGUCUGAAGAAAAAGGAUAUAAUUACCAUGCCGAAAAUCAUUAUGGUAGCAAUGAUCAUUACGGCCAUGGAGAUGAACAUGUUGAUUAUCACAGCCAUCCUAAAUAUGAAUUUGCAUAUGGUGUUGAAGAUAAGAAAACUGGCGAUAUCAAGGAACAAUGGGAAUCCCGAGAUGGUGAUAAUGUUAAGGGUAGCUAUUCUUUAAAGGAAUCCGAUGGAACAACUCGUGUUGUUAACUACACAUCUGAUAAGAAGAAGGGAUUCGAGGCCACCGUGCAUAAUAUUGGUCAAGCUCAUGGUGACUCUUCCAAGGGAGCUGAAUAUCAUGAUCAUUAUGGCUAUUAA